UACACUUCACGUUCAGAAGGGAACGAUCCUCGGCCGCAAUAACAAUAGAUAGACGACGCAAUUAUGAAUAAAGAUUAAGAAAUAUCGGUUCGCCGUAACUACAAAAUAGAUAGUUAAAAAUGGUUGCCCUGUAACACACGGAUCUGUCAACCGACAUUCACCCGUAUCCGAUCGCUACGAUGCGAUAAAUACGAUCGUUCAAAAUUCCCAGUGAUUCGGAUAAUUAACGAUAAAUUCAUUGUAAACGCUGGAACGUUCGUUUUCCGUAGCAGGGAACGUAACUUCGCAAUUGCUGCUACCAUAUGCGUAAACGAAGCGACCGUGUAUUUAAAAGUUUCGUUUACGAGUUUCCUUCGAACAGAAUGGUUCAAGGUUGUAUAUUAUUCUACAUUGUUUUCUGGAAUUUUUAAAUGUGAUACAUUCCGUUAAAUCGGAUCGUCGAUCCUUUAACGAAAUACGUGGUUUAGAAUAUUACGUAUUACAUAUUUGGAAUGCAAACGGAACUACCAAGUUUUGGUUCUGGGAGUGAUUGUUCAAGCGACACGGAUAUUACAGUAUACAUGGAUUACCAGUCGGAGCCAGAAACGAACACACCAGAAAUAGAGAACAAUGAUUUUUCGGAAUAUCUGUGGAUGGAAAAUGAAGAAGCAUUCGACGAAGAGGUAAUUCAACGAUUAACGGAAGAGGAAUUAAUGGAGGAAUGUGAAAAAGCAGUGUCUGAGGAUGAGAAGCGUAAUGUUAAAUUCACGCGUCUACUUGAACGUCUGAACCUGGUGGAUUCUGAUGAAACUAGGGAGCAAGGUGAUCGUAUAGUGCUGACAGAUGAUAAUGAAACUUGGCUACAAUUUGAUCGUCUACAACUAACAGAGGAUAAUGAAAUUUGGGAACAACUUGAUCGUCUAGAUUUGAGAGAUUAUAAUGGAAUUGCACAACAACUUGAUCGUCUAGAUUUGUACAAUGAAACUGGACAACAACCUGAUCGUGCAAAUUUGUCAGAGAGUAAUGAAACUUGGCAAGUCAUUGACCGUCUACUUUUGACAAAUCGUAAUAAAACUUGGCAGGCUGAAAUUGCUGGACAAAGUACACUAAAUCCAAAUGCAGCUGAAUUUGUACCAGCAUUUAAGUCAGCGGUAACAUCUGUAAGUACACCACCAGAAGUUACUACGGAAUCAUCAUAGAAGCCAUACAUUCCCUUCUUUAAAGUAAAUAAAAAUGGACUAUAUGUAUGGCUAAAUAUUUACUACCCACAGUAAAACACAGUCUUAUUAACUGAAACAUAUUAAAAGUUAAAUGACUGUGAUUAAACGUACAAAGAUAUAACAAACGUCAAAGUGGAUAAUACGUAAUGCUGUUAUAUGAUAAUCCAAGAUUAAUGAAAUCAGUUGCAUAACCAUAAAUUUAAAACAGAAUGCUAUUCAAAUUUUUAUAGACAGAAACUAUUGCAUAAUAUUGUAAACGUUUAAUUUUACAUAUAUAUUUUUUUGGGAAUAUAAUUAAUCAUAAUGUAUACAAAUCUAUUCGAUCUGUUCAACCACACAUACACUACUUAUGUUGGAAACACAUACUUAUGUACAAAUUUUAUUAACAUUUUUUGCAUUGUGAUAGACAUAUAUACAUUAUAUAUAUAUAUAUAUGCUGUCAGAAUUUUGUAAGAUUGCAUGUGGUAAAUCUCUAUUAUUUUAGUUACAAUAUACUUCAGUAUCAACGCAGAAACUGUGAUUAUAAAGCAAGUUAAAUAGAUUUAUCAAAUAUAAUAUUCACGAUUAAGACACCUUAUUGAUUUCAUAAACGCUUCGUAUUAUCUUGCUUCCAAAUUUUUUCAUGUAUCUCAUGUACUACUUGUGGCUCCUCUUUGUGAAAAAAGCAGAUUA